AUGCAAAACUUCUAUGUAAGCAAACCAGAGCGUACUAUUGUGGAGUUGCAUGAUGUCAAGGCAAAGGCUGCCGAGACUGAGGAGCAAUACCUUUUAAGGAAGAACUUUCCUGAACUUAGAUAUCCAAGUGAAAGAGCCAGCCGCGGUGAUGAUAAAGCCGUUCCCGAUGAAUCAUGUGGUAGGAAUGAUAAAUGUGGAUCCGCAGGUCCACGAACAUCCAAAGGGUUUGGGAAAGAUGGAUCCGAUUCAAGGACAGUUAAGGAUAGAUUGUCGUGGCCAGAUCGUAGUCAAGGAGUUAGUUUUGGGAGAUCUGCCCAACCAUUUUUGCUGCUUAUAAAUAGUGCAACGGCCAGGAUGAUAAGGCCCAGUCAGGUUUCUGACAACUUGUGGCAUAGAAUAGAACAUCCCAGAUUUCCAACGCCGAUGUCAGCAAGCAAUGGCAUGACUCGGACUCAGCGUCGGAGGUGGCAGCACCAACGGGCGGGAAGAUAUCAGGAUUUGAAGCAGAAGAGGGAGUUUCAGCAAUCACCUUAUAGCGCAUCUGGUAGGCAUGAUCGAGUAACCAAGCAGUGGCGAGUAAAGGAACAAGAUAGCAUGGAUGUUAACAUGGUAUAUGUACUUCGCAAGGAAUAUGCUGCCAGACAAGCUAUCGCAGAACUUUUAAAAGUAAAGGUUAAUGAGUCAGGAAAAACACCAAUGCCGAAUGUUAAUCCGCGGUCGAAAGAGGUGUUGGGGAUUAAGGUAACAACGGAUGAGGAUUCACUAACAGUGGUUAUCUCUAUGCCAGAGUCGAUGUCUACCAUUCAUGUGAAGCCGCUGUAUGUGCAGGCUUUGUUGAACGUUGUUCCUAUUAAUAGGAUACUAGUAAAAAAUGGUGCGACUGUAAAUAUCAUGCACACUUCUACAUUACGGAGGUUGGGAAUACAACAAUUAGAUCUGGUUCCAAUUGUGAUUGCAGUUAGUGGUUUCACCGGAGACGUGAUAAGUACUUGGGGGAUACUGCCAGUUAUAGUGGAAUUAGGUUCUCAGGCAGUUUAA